ACGUCAACGCUGUACCUGUUUAAAGGAGCCGUGAUCCUGGAGGAAGCGCUCAACAACAUAGUCUGUUUGUCGUGGAAAGCUGCUGAAGUGACUGGGAAAUUGUGCUUAGAAAUGCUUUAGAAAGAAAAAACUGUUUUGAAAACCGCUUUAAACUUUAAAGAAGUGUAUAUAAGACAUUUAUGAAACUAGGAAAUGCACAAGCAGAUGAUAUCGACCGAGGGGAUUAAAGGGCAAAUAUGUUAAGAUGAUGAGGAAAACAAUACCAGCGAAUUAGGGAAACAGUCGGAGGGGGAAUUUCAGUUAUUGGACAGCCGGACAAUGGCUUGAUUUCUUUUUUUCCGUUUGGUUUGUGCGCUGCGAAGAUGCUGCAUUCAUGAUCGAGGGUACGGAAAAGAAACUUUACCGCGUCUCCGUGGAAUAUUUCAUUCUAUGAGUUUAAUAUCUUUGUUUCCUCAUCUGUUAGCGGAACCACCUGUUUCUGGACGGAUUUUAUUGAUUCAUCAUGUCCAAAGUGGUGCAGAAGAAGAAUCACUGGAGCACCAAAGUUAACGAGAGCGCGGUGUUUAAGGACGCGCGUGGAGAGCUGAACGUGCAGCUGUUCGGCGGAGCCGAGAACGGAGAGUUCGCGUUUAUCGGACACGUUAACGAGAAUGCUGUGCUGUUCAAAAACGGGAAACUAUCAGAAGGGGAAUUACUGCUGGAAGUGGAGACGCUCUCGGUCUCCGGAUUGCCGCUGUAUGAUGUGAUGACGGUGAUCAAGAACUGCAAGGGACCUAUUAGGUUUAAAACUGUGAGGCAAGGAAAUAAACUCAAUAAAGACCUGAAGCACUACCUGAGCCAGAGGUUUCAGAAAUCCUCCCCUGACCAUGAGCUUCAGCAAACCAUACGACACAACCUCUACCGCCACGCUGUGCCUUGUACGACUCGCCCCCCUCGUGACGGAGAGGUGCCAGGAGUUGAUUAUAAUUUUUUGUCAGUGGACGAAUUUCUGAAGCUUGAACAGAGUGGGACCCUGUUGGAGAUUGGAUCUUACGAAGGUAACUAUUAUGGAACACCCAAGCCGCCCAGCCAACCCCCUAGUGGGAAAGUGAUUACUGGCGAUGCUCUGCAAGACAGCCUUCCUGGUUCCCAACAGUCAACUCCACGCCGCAGCAAGUCCUACAAUGAGAUGCAAAAUGCUGGAAUAGUGCCUACAGAAACUGAGGAAGAUGAUGAAGUUCCUGAAAUGAACAGUAGCUUCACAGGAGACUCGAGUGAACCGGACGACCACCCCUCUGUGCGGCCCUUCGCCCGCGACCACGUUCUACCCUACGGGCUCAACAGCACCUCGGCGUCAACCACGGAGAGCUCUCAGAACACACACACACACCCCAGCCAUCCCACGGAAGAGGACCCUCUGGGGCCUCUGCCCGAUAACUGGGAGAUGGCCUACACUGAGAACGGAGAGGUCUACUUUAUAGACCACAACACAAAGACAACAUCCUGGAUAGAUCCCCGAUGCCUGGACAAACCUCAGAAGCCCCUAGAGGAAUGUGAAGAUGAUGAAGGGGUACAUACAGAGGAACUGGACAAUGAGCUAGAGCUGCCCACAGGCUGGGAAAAGAUUGAUGAUCCAGUGUACGGGGUAUAUUAUGUUGACCAUAUUAACAGGAAGACUCAGUAUGAAAACCCGAUUCUGGAAGCUAAAAGGAAGAAGCAACUGGAGCAGUCUCAGCCCGCUGAAGGUGAGCGGAAUAUCCAAGAUUGGAUAGAAGAGCAUUCACCAGGAGCACCGCUAAUGAGCUAUGCUGCUAACCAUCAAGAGACUUACAGAGACCCCGGCACCGCCCCUCCACUACCAACCCAACUAGGGGCUAAACGAGGGAAGCCAUUUUUUACAAGGAACCCAGCUGAACUGAAGGGGACAUUCAUUAACACCAAGCUGAAGAAGAGCAGACGUGGGUUCGGCUUCACUGUAGUAGGAGGAGAUGAACCAGAUGAGUUCCUGCAGAUUAAGAGUCUGGUGCUCGAUGGACCAGCUGCCCUGGAUGGCAAAAUGGAAACUGGUGAUGUUAUUGUGAGUGUAAACGACACCUGCGUGCUGGGUUACACACACGCCCAGGUUGUGAAGAUCUUUCAGUCCAUUCCAAUUGGCUCCAUGGUCGACCUUGAACUCUGUCGGGGCUAUCCUUUGCCCUUUGACCCUGAUGACCCCAACACCAGCCUGGUGACCUCUGUGGCCAUUUUAGACAAGGAGCCCAUCAUCGUCAAUGGUAAAGAGAGCUAUGACUCGCCAUCCAGUCAUGGGAGCGAAACGGGAGUCGGCAGCGGUAGUUUAAACGGCUCUAGCGACCUACCAUGCCCCCACAGCCCUUCAGAGGAGGUGGCUUCCAAUGGCUCUCACGGUUAUCCCAGUGAUGUGGUCACAUUGGCAUCUUCGAUCAUAACCCAGCCUGAGCUCAUUACCGUCCACAUGGAGAAGGGUGACAAAGGAUUUGGCUUCACAAUAGCGGACAGCCCUUCUGGAGGAGGCCAGCGAGUGAAGCAGAUAGUGGAUUACCCACGAUGCAGAGGGCUAAGGGAGGGCGACAUCAUCAUGGAGGUCAACAAGAGGAACGUGCAGAACCUGACACACAAUCAGGUGGUUGACCAGCUCAGCAAGUGCCCCAAAGGUAGCGAGGUGACCAUGCUGGUGCAAAGAGGGGUGGCACCUGCGAAGAAGAGCCCCAAACUGCAACAGUUGGAGCGUAAGGACAGUCAGGGCAGCUCCCAGCACAGCGUGUCCAGUCAACGCAGUGUUCACACUGACUCCCCACUCCACGCCUCCCAGGCCCUGCUCAACGAGUCGGCCGCCCCACCUCCCCCCUCCCAACCCCUGCCGAGCCUGCCCCAGGACCCUCCGGUAGACGGAACUCUCCAAAAGAAACCAGAUCCCUUCAAAAUCUGGGCCCAGUCCAGGAGCAUGUAUGAAAGUAGGCUACCUGAUUACCAAGAGCAGGAUAUUUUCCUGUGGAGAAAAGAUACCGGCUUUGGAUUCAGGAUCUUGGGAGGCAAUGAACCUGGUGAGCCGAUUUAUAUUGGCCACAUUGUGAAAUACGGAGCUGCCGAUGAAGAUGGGCGCCUGCGAUCAGGAGAUGAGCUCAUCUGUGUGGAUGGGACGGCUGUUGUGGGGAAAUCCCAUCAACUAGUCGUUCAGCUCAUGCAACAAGCUGCAAAACAAGGUCAUGUCAACCUGACUGUGAGGCGCAAGACUGGAUAUGGACUGGCGAAGGUAGAUGGUGAGAUGCCUCCUUCCCCUGCCUCCUCUCACCAUAGCAGCACACAGGCCCCGUCUCUAACCGAAGAGAAGCGCACGCCGCAGGGUAGCCAGAACUCCCUCAACACGGUCAGCUCUGGAUCGGGCUCCACCAGUGGCAUCGGCAGCGGGGGCGGAGGUGGCAGCAACAACACGGUGGUACCCAACGCCAUCCAGCCCUAUGAUGUGGAGAUCCAGCGUGGAGAGAACGAGGGAUUUGGAUUUGUCAUUGUGUCAUCAGUUUCGAGGCCUGAAGCGGGCACCACAUUUGCUGGAAACGCAUGUGUGGCAAUGCCUCAUAAAAUAGGUCGCAUCAUCGAAGGAAGCCCAGCUGACCGCUGUGGGAAACUGAAGGUUGGAGACCGGAUACUGGCUGUAAACAGCUGCUCUAUUACCAAUAAGUCCCACUCAGACAUCGUCAACCUGAUCAAGGAGGCUGGGAACACAGUGACGCUGCGGAUCAUUCCAGGAGACGAGUCCUCCAAUGCAUCACUGCUGACCAACGCUGAGAAGAUAGCUACCAUAACUACCACACACACACCUCAACAGCAAGCCGCACCUGAGCCAAGAAACAACACUAAACCAAAACAGGAGUCUUUUGAGUUCAAAGCCCCACAAGCUCCACCCCCUCUAGCUCCAACACAACCUUCAAAUCAGGAUGCUGAGUUCUACUCUGUUGAUCUGGAGAGGGACAAUAAAGGCUUUGGUUUCAGCCUUAGAGGGGGUCGAGAGUACAACAUGGACCUGUAUGUGCUGAGACUAGCGGAGGACGGAGCAGCUGUGAGAAACGGAAAGAUGAGGGUUGGAGAUGAGAUUUUGGAAAUCAAUGGCGAAAGCACCAAAGGCAUGAAGCACGCCCGUGCCAUUGAACUGAUCAAAAACGGUGGCCGAAAAGUCCACCUGGUCCUAAGGAGGGGGGACGGCUCUGUGCCAGAAUAUGACAUCAACAACGGCAACGGCCUCAGCGCCGGUGCACAAACUGUUUCGGAAGUGAAUGCAGAUCCUCCCAAAAGUCGGCCCCACCCACCAUUGGAGUCCAGCUAUUCACCAGACCUUCACAAACCAUCACAGAAUGAGGACAAGGGGACGCGACAAAAAUCGGGCCACCGGGAGCAUGGCCACUGGUCAAACCACCGCCACACCAACCACAGACACCACUCCCCAGAAAAGAAGAGCAGGAGUAAGGGUCAUGGAAAGGACAGCGGCACUUCGAAGCCUCACAAGAGGAAGGGCGACAAGAAGAGGUCCAGCACUGAUGACUCACUCCAUCACCACCACCAUUCUCGCCAACACAACGGCCACCACCGGAGGCACCGCUCCCCAGAGAGGCGCAGAGCUCGGAGUGCGGAGAACACCUUGGACAGCCGUUAUGGCCGGAGACGCGGGCGCUCGCCAGAAAGACGCCAUCACCGUCACUCUUCCCCUCAUAGACACAGUUCACCCUAUCGCUCCCCACAACGUUCCAGAUACCGGUCUCCACCGAGAUGGUCUGCAGCUUCUUUGGAGAGACCCUACAGUAGUGAGUUUGACAGGGGGCUGGAUGUGGCCUUAAAGGAACCUUCACCUCCAAAUCCUCCAUCCCGCUCUGAGAGCAUUCCGCUUAGUGAGCUGCCAGCCCUGGACUGGCUGAAUCGGGAAGAUACUCUGCCCACCCCAAGAGAGCCACCCAGCUACUUCGAAGACCUUUCCCCUAUGGAGCGAGUCUACCGCGAAUUGACCCUUCUCCGUGGGGCUUCUCGUGAUGAUACCCUGCCCCGUGUACGGACGCCCGACUCUGAUUCAGCCUUCCGGAACUACAAUUCAUUAUUGAGGGGUCGCUUCCCUGUUAGAGGUGGGGGCAUACAGGACGGGCACCCUAGAGCCGAGUCUCCAGUUUCAGCCCCAUACAGGACAAGGAGUCUGGGUGGGGACCUGUCUCCCAUCAGAGCAUACCGUGAUGAGGAGGAAGAUGAGGCCAGAUCCCAGCUGAGUAACUACUAUAGUACGCUUAGAUCCAAUUACAGUAGAGCCAACAACAAUGUACCUGAGCAGAGGAGGAAAAACUACAAAGAGAGCCCCAAAGACCUUAGCAUCUGAUGGGUCGGCUAAGAAAGACACCAUACACAGACCCCACUGUCCACAUAAGCCUUCAUCCAAGGACUGUAUAGACCCUGGAUAUUACAUUAUUAAUUUGAAUUCUGGAGUUUUCUCAUGGUUGAACAUCUUAAUGACUCUCAACAGCAGAAGAAUGAUUUCUCUUUUGUUCCAUGAAGUGUCAGUUUUGUUUCUUUUAUGACCCUUUUGAUAAAUCUGCUAGCAGUUCUACAGAGUUUGACGACUAUGUAUAAAGAAAACAAUUAUGUGCCUAACAGUACCAAUCUUUUUGUUAGUUUGUUUGUUUUUUUCACAAAGGACAGCCAGCCUUUUGGACUUCUGUCCGAUUAUAAAACCUUCUGUUACAGAGAGCCCUCUCAUGCACCGAGCAGCUCAGUCAAUGUGGUGCUCAGACAUAUACUGUGCAUGUCUUUACUCUUUAAAUGUCCUCUCUCUCUCUCUUUGUUUUCUUUUCCUUCCCUAGUGCCACUGUUUUUUAGACAUUUGAACAGAGUAUAGCACAAGCCUGAAUUCGUUUGUAUAUUUUUGACAGUUGCAGUACGUGUACAUUCAGAGGUGAUCAUUUUAAAAGAAUGAAGGGAUAAUGAAAUAAAAACUAUGACGAUAAUGUUCAAAAAAUAAAACCAAUAUAUAUACACAUUUUGAUGGUUUUUCUUAUAAUUCUCAAUUUCUACAUGAGAGGAAGAGUGAGGAGGAAGCAGACUAGUUAGUCGGACUGUAAAAUGUAUUAAUGAUGGAUGUGUGUGGGAGGAAGAGACAGUGUUUAACUGAACCGGUUUCUUUUUCUAACACUUUGCCAACAUAACUG